CAUUGUAUUAUACAUGGCGCUAUUUCGUCUGCAACGUGGCAUAAAAAUGAUUAAAAAGAAGAAAAACAUUGAUUUUAAGAACAUAGUAAUUGCAAUCAAAUUAGGUCUGUUGUGGAUGUUUUGGUGUCUCUGCACUGUGCAAAUAGUGCAUUCCUGGAAUGACCAUUUCUACAACGUCACAGAUGAAUGUUUGAGAAAUUUUUGGUGUCCGUCAGAAAGUGACAACUUUUUACCAGGAAUUGCAUUUCGAUGUGAGGAAGGCACCUUUCACCCAUUCACAGAUGCCAACAGUGCUGAUGAUUGUAUGCCUUGUCCAGUGGGUAAGAUUUGCUUACCAGGAUUGGAUCCAGAGCCUUGCCCUAAAGGCUUUUCAUGCUUAGGAGGUCCUGGUGUUCAUCCAUGCAUAGUUGGAAAUUGUUACAGUAGCAAUUCAACAAGAACAAGGACAAAAACUUUCAGAGUGGCGGUCAUAUCUUCAGCCGGUAACUACUUCAAGAUUAACGCUGUUGAAGUUGGCCGCUUUCAGGUUUCUGAAGUAGAGUGCUGUCGAAUCGCCAUAUUUGUGUUUGAUGACAACAUGAUAAUGGUAGACCAAAAAAACGUCAAUUGGACGCCUAGGGAAGGACGUUUUGGGCCAGUUAGAGACUACACGAAGAACAUCCCUCCCCGCCACCUUGCAGUCAUUAUGGUUUUGAAUGACAUUUUUGACUCACCGAUUUUCGAUUGGACAACACAACAGCAUUUUCGAUCGUAUCUGGGCAGUACAUUUGCACCUGGAAUACUUCAUGGAUACAGUUGGGCCUUUGCCUAUGUUUCCAACACAAGCCAAAGAUGGGAGAGUUUUCCAAGUACUAUUUGGCCUAAUAUCGAUUUGAGGUUCAAUCUAACUACAACACAAACUGUUGUAUCAGACCCUGACUCGAAAUUAGUUUCAAUGAGGGUGUCAUCAUCACUGCACUCUGGAGACAUCUACCAAGUAGUACCAGCCUUGUUUGGUUAUGAUCUGUUUACACGGCCAUCAGUUUCUGGCAAGUUGAUACAGGCAACUCCGUUCGACAUGUGCACACCACCUGAAGUCCCUUUAGAUGAAAGAAUUGCUGUGGUUUAUCGAAGCAAAGCAUGUACUUUUUCAAAGCAGGCGCUGAAUGUUCAAUCUGCAGGGGGAAAAGGGGUCAUUAUAAUUGAUUAUUACUACGCCCCUCUGGUCAACAUGGCAAUACCCCGGUUAAUGGCUGCAUUGAGUGGUGUCGAUACCAAUCAAAUACAUAUUCCAGUAGUGUUCAUGGGACAACAUGACGGAAUACAUUUCCUAGAUGUGAUGUGGGUGGAUCCAGAACUUAUAAUUGUGCUAGAGUCUAACCAUGUGACCUCAGGUACCUGUCCAUAUGCCACAGGUGUUGUUGAUCCUCUAGGGGUACAAUAUAGUCCACCAGGAUCUUACCUUGUUGAAGGUACCAUUGAAUUAUGCCCACCAGGGACAUACCAGCCAGAACCUAAUUGGCCAAGGUGUCAUCCAUGCCCAAUGGGUUACUUCUGUGCAACAAGUGGACUUACUGCAGUUUCUGGAAAGUGUGGGGCAACAUACAGUUGUAGACAUGGGGCCUCUGACCCUAAUGUUCCUUGUGGUUUUGGGAAUAUUUGUCCAGACGGAUAUCGGCAACCUUGUGGAAAGGGAUACUAUCAAGACAACUCUCGCGGACAUUAUUGCACCCUCUGUCGACCUUCUUUCUACUGUCCGCUGGAACUCAAUUUAUGGGAAAAUGCGUGCCAAUCUGGUAGAUGUCCAACUGGUGGCAGUUAUCGUUUUGACCAAUCCAAAGGGCAAGGCAAUUGCUUACGUGGCUACAAUGGCGUUAAUGGAACUUGUAAAAUAUGUCCAAAGGGCCAUGCUUGUGAUGUAGAUGGUACUUUGACGCCACAACUUUGUGAGCCUGGGUGGGAUUGUGGAGAAGGGGAGAUAAGUGUUACUCCGAAAGUUUGUCCACUAGGUCAUUAUUGUGACCACAGAGUCCAGUUGGACAAAGAAAUAAAUCUAUGGCAGUUUAAUCCGGAAUACUAUUCAUCAAGUGCUAACGUCAUAAGAGACACAAAUUCAAGAUGGUUAGGACCACCAAACCUCACUGUGUAUACAAGGCAUCGUGCGCAUACGAGUGCUUUUUACGCGUCCCUGCCUAUCACGCUGACAUCUAGAAUGGUUUUACAGACGAGCAAGCUCGUGAUUAAGAACGCCACAUAUGAAGACAGUGGAAUCUAUUGGUUUAUGCUUGGUUCAAUUAUGACUCAUGCCUAUAAUGUUAAAAUAACAACAGAAGGUACUAGAGGGGGAAGUAGGAUUCCCUGUCCAGUAGGGCAUUACCAAGACCUUAUCAAAUCGAUUGAGUGUAAGAAAUGUCCAAUCGGUACACUGUGUAAUAGCACUGGUAUCAUCUACCCAAUGGUGAAGUGCAGUGGAUAUGUCUGUCUGCAAGGGGAAGUGGCUCUUUGUCAUCAGUACUGCCCACAUGGUUAUGAGACCACAUGUCCUGACGGUACAAUUCCAAGUAACUUUACACACUGUGCACCAUGCCCAGAGGCAAAGCUGUGCUACAAUAACCAGGUACUGCCCUGCCCCCCAGAUAACUACUGUGUUGGUGGAAAACAGUUCAUAUGUUUGCCUGGGCGUAGAUGUGUGGAUGGGAAACUGUCAUACUGUCAAGCGGGCCACUAUGCUGUCACAACAAAUGGAACCACCGUAUGUGCCCCUUGUCCUGUUAACAAGGUUUGCCCGCACAAGGUUUGGGAACCGUUAAACUGUGUUUCUGAGUUUCAUUUAUGCUCGCAAGGAAUCUCCAGAAUUUAUCAAGAAGCCUGUCCUUUGGGAUACAAAUGCAAUGUAUCUUUGGGAAGCGGCAAACAGGCUUGUGAGAUAGGUGAAUAUGGCCGGUUCCAUGGUAUAUGUGUAACUUGUCCAGCUGGCCGAUUUUGUAAUGAAAUUGCUCUUGUUACACCGCAUGUAUGCCCUGCUGGCUACUAUUGUCCAACUGGCACCGUCACACCCGCAGUCUGCCCUGCUUGCUACUAUUGUCCAACUGGCACCGUCACACCCGCAGUCUGCCCUGCCUGGCUACAAUUGUCCAACUGGCACCGUAACACCCGCAGUCUGUCCUGCUGGCUACUAUUGUCCAACUGGCACCGUCACACCCGCAGUUUGCCAUGCUGGCUACUAUUGUCCAACUGGCACCGCCACACCCGCAGUCUGUCCUGCUGGCUACUAUUGUCCAACUGGCACGGGCACACCCACAGUCUGUCCUGA